AUGCACAAACUUCAAACCAAAAGGGUAAAAGCUGCUGCUGGGCAGAUGUGGACUUCAAAUCUCUCCAAGGUCAGACAAUCUCUUAAAAAUGUCUACCAUAAAUGUAAGAACCAGCACCCAGAUUCAACCAGAUAUCCAAUGACAACUUCCUAUGAUUGUGAUCAAGAUGACAUCAGACCUGAUGAAAAAAAGAAUCUUAGAGUAAUGCUCCAAGAUAUUAAAACUGCCCAAAUUGAACUCGUUAGCCAAAUGACUGACCUUGUCAGUGCAAUUUCAAAAAUCCAGGAAAAGACUGACUUUUAUCAGAAGCAGAUGGAAGUCCUGGAAACCAGAAUGGAUGUUAAUGAAGACAAACAGUGCACAGUAACUAAAGAUAUCUUCUCUGUGAAAGAAGACAUUGAUGCUUUAAAGAAGAAAGUGACAGAACUGGAAAACCAGAAUUCUUGCUCCAGCAUCCAUUGCUUAGAGGUUCUGGAAAGAGAAAAGGGUAAAGAGAUCAUAGAACUUCUUUACAAACUCAUAGAACCAGAAACUCUGAAGAACACAUCGUUCUCUAAAGCCCCUGAAAUCGCUUCAGUGGAACCAGAGAAAGUGCCCGGUUAUACUGAGACCACUGAUCACAUUGAGGAAAAAACAAUUUCUCCAAAAAUUAAAACUCUGAAGAAAAGUAACCAUCAAAAUGUAUUAAGAAGCUUUAAAAAACCAAAGUCAAAUAUUUAUAUUUACCCAGACUUUAGUACAUGGAUCAAACUAACUUUCAUCCAUGGAGGAAAGUGGAGAUUUUUCCUCAGUGCUGUCAAGUUAGAGGAAUUUAUCCAGUGGCUUCUUUCUAGACCAACCAUCCCUCUUGAAGAACCACAACUCAUAACCCAGAGAUAUUGUCCAUUCUCUGGGCCUAUUGAGCGCUUGACCUCAGUCUGUCUCUCUGUUUUCAACUAUAUUUACUGUCUUUUUGGUUCCUCAAAAGAGGAAGUAACUCGACUAUAG